AUGGAAAUGGUAGGAAACCUAUCUCUUCCAUUACUAGUCCGAAACUCACCACCCUCCGCCUCCACUCCCAAACCCUCCUCAAUAACCACUCUUGUCAUCAAUGACUUCAGUUCCACCUCACACUCCCGUACCCGCAUGUCCAUCGGUAAGUCCUCCUCCCACCCCAACUCCGGCAAGCCAUGGUCCAACCACAACCUUUCUUCUUCAGGUCAGCAUGUUCUCAACACCUUACUCCACUCUCCCGCUGAUUCCAUUCAACUCGACAAUAUCUUAGCCCCCCUUUUCACCCAACCACAUCCACAUCCCACUCAUUUAUCUCGUGAUAUUCUCGCAAUAAUCAAAGCUUUAGGGUUUCGGAAAAAAUCCGAACUCGCUUUAGCUGUUUUUGAUUGGGUUCGCAACCAGCAAGGUUGUGCUAAUCUUCUAACCGGUUCUGCAAUUGCUGUUAUUGUUAACAUCCUCGGCAAAGCAGGUCGGGUUUCAUCUGCCGCGUCUUUGCUUCGAACUCUUGAGAAGGAUGGGUUUGAGAUUGAUGUUUAUGCUUAUACUUGUCUGAUAACUGCUUAUGCUAGUAAGGGUAGGUACAAUGAUGCUGUCUCUGUCUUCAAUAAGAUGCAACGAGAUGGUUGCACCCCUAAUCUCAUUACAUAUAAUUCCAUGUUGAAUGUUUAUGGAAAAAUGGGUAUGCCUUGGUCUCGUGUUAAUGCGCUUGUUGAUUCUAUGAAAGUGAAUGGAGUUGCUCCUGAUUUGUAUACUUACAAUACCCUUAUCACUUGUUGUCGCCGCAGUUCUCUAUAUGAUGAAGCUGUUAAAGUGUUUGAUCAGAUUAAGAUGGCGGGUUUUUUUCCUGAUAGGGUUACAUAUAAUGCGUUGGUAGAUGUAUUUGCAAAGUCUAGACGCCCCGAGGAGGCUUUGCAGGUGCUUAAAGAUAUGGAAAGUAAUGGCUUCUCUGCAUCCAUUAUUACUUAUAAUUCGUUGAUAUCUGCUUAUGUUAGAGGUGGUUUGUUGGAGGAAGCAUUGCGGCUUAAAAUUCAAAUGGUGGAGAAAGGGAUUAAGCCGGAUGUUUUUACCUACACAACACUUUUCUCAGGGUUUGAGAAGGCUGGGAAAGAUGAGUUUGCUUUUCAAGUUUAUGAAGAAAUGAAAGCGGCGGGAUGCAAACCUAAUAUUUGCACCUUUAAUGCUCUUAUCAAGAUGCAUGGUAAUCGUGGAAAGUUUCUGGAAAUGAUGAAGGUUUUUGAGGAUAUCAAGGAAUGUGGGUGUUCUCCUGAUAUUGUUACUUGGAACACACUUUUGGCUGUGUUUGGACAGAAUCAAAUGGACUCCGAAGUAGCAGGAGUGUUUAAAGAAAUGAAGAGGUCGGGGUUUGUGCCUGAGAGGGACACCUUCAACACUUUAAUUAGUGCGUACAGUAGAUGUGGUUCAUUCGAUCAAGCAAUGACUGUUUAUAAAAGCAUGCUGGAAGCUGGAGUGUCUCCUGAUCUCUCUACCUAUAAUGCUGUUCUAGCCGCCUUGGCUCGAGGUGGGUUUUGGGAACAAUCAGAGAAAAUUAUUGCUGAAAUGAAGGAUGGUCGGUGUAAUCCUAAUGAGCUGACGUACUCUUCUCUGCUUCAUGCCUAUGCCAAUGGUAAGGAGAUUGAAAAGAUGAAAGCACUUGGUGAGGAGAUUUACUCUGGCUCUAUUGAACCACAUCCUGUUCUGUUGAAGACACUUGUUCUUGUAAGUAGCAAGAGUGAACUCCUCAUGGAAACAGAACGUGCUUUUUUUGAAUUAAGGAAAAGAGGAAUUACAUCUGGACUUACUACUCUGAAUGCAAUGAUUUCAAUAUAUGGGAAGAAGCAGGUGGUGUCCAAGGCCAAUGAGAUUUUGGACUUCAUAUAUGAGAAUGGUUUUACUCCAAGUUUGACUACAUAUAAUAGCUUGAUGUAUAUGUAUAGCCGUUCUGAAAAGUUCCAAAAAUCAGAAGAAAUCUUAAGGGGAGUUCUGAAGAAAGGUAUGAAACCAGAUAAGAUUUCAUAUAAUACUGUUAUCUAUGCAUAUUGCAGAAAUGGUAGGAUGAAGGAGGCUUUGAGGAUAUUUUCCGAAAUGAAAGAUUCUGCACUUGUUCCAAAUGUUGUAACUUACAACACAUUCGUUGCCACUUAUGCCGCUGACUCAAUGUUUGUUGAGGCUAUUGAUGUUAUUCGAUACAUGAUCAAGCAGGGAUGUAGGCCAGACCAGAAUACUUAUAACUCCAUUGUUGAUUGGUAUUGCAAGCACAAUCGAAAAGAAGAGGCAAACAGUUUUGUGAAAAACCUUGGUAAUAUUGACCCACAUGUUUCCAAGGAGGAGAAAAGUAGGUUACUAGAGAGAAUGGCAAGGGAACUGCCAUGA